CACCACCGCAAAAUUCUAGUAAGGAGAUUCCCUAUCCCCCCUCCUUUCCUCUGCUAAACCUUUUGAUUUCCACACAAUUUCUAACUUUCAAGUAAAGCUACGAUCACACAGUUCCCAUGUUCACCCACAUGCCCACCUUCUUCCAAGAAACAUCCUAUAAAAACCCUCGCAGCGCCCGCAAAACGGUCUUUGACUCAGCCCACGGCUGGCAAGGCGGCCUCUUCACCUACCUCGAAGCUAACCCGGCGCAAGGCGAGGCCUUCAACACACUCCAACGCACGACGACGCUCAACAGGGCCAGAUGGACGUCCAUAUUCCCCAGCCAAAUGCUCUUGGACAGCGGCUCCGGCGAUGACCCGAAUUCACCGUUGCUAGUGGACAUCGGUGGCAGCGUGGGACAGGAUCUGCAGGCGUUUUACGAGUUGCAUCCGGAGACGGCUUCGAGGUUGUACUUGGAGGAUCUACCUUCCGUCAUAGCGGAUAACAAAACUUCCGUGUUGAAGGGGAUCAAUAAGGUGGCGUAUGAUUUCUACACGCCUCAGCCGAUCAAGCACGCCCGCGCAUACUACAUGCACCACAUCCUUCACGACUGGCCCGACAAACAAGCCCGCAAAAUCCUCGAGAUUCAAAAAGCCGCCCUGAAACCGGGAUACAGCUGCAUCCUGAUCCACGACCAAAUCAUGGAUGACAACGUCCAGGCCGUCCACCCGCACGCUGCCGUCUUCGACAUCAGCAUGAUGACAUUUGGCGCCGCGCAGGAGCGCACGGAGAAGGAGUGGCGGGCGCUGAUCGAGUCGGCUGGGUUGAGGGUCGUCAAGAUUUGGAGGGUGCCGGCUGCGGUGCAGGGGGUUAUUGAGGUUGGGCUGCGGGAGGGGUCGAAGCUUUGA